CCAAAGCCAUGUCUUCCAAACUCCUGCGCGCGGUCAUCCUCGGGCCGCCCGGCUCGGGUAAGGGCACCGUAUGCGAAAGGAUCGCCCAGAACUUUGGCCUCCAGCAUCUCUCCAGCGGCCACUUCUUGCGGGAGAACCUCAAGGCCAACACGGAAGUUGGUGACACGGUGAAGCAGUACCUAGAAAAAGGUCUUUUGGUUCCAGACCAUGUGAUCACACGUCUAAUGGUGUCAGAACUAGAGGCCCGGAGCACACAGCACUGGCUGCUAGACGGCUUUCCGAGGACAUUAGUACAGGCAGAAGCCUUGGACAGAAUCUGUGAUUUGGAUCUAGUGAUCAGUUUGAAUAUUCCUUUUGAGACACUCAAAGACCGUCUGAGCCGACGAUGGAUUCACCCUUCUAGCGGGAGGGUCUAUAACUUGGACUUCAAUCCACCUCAAGUGCUGGGGGCUGAUGACGUCACUGGUGAGCCACUUGUCCAACAGGAAGAUGAUAAGCCUGAAGCCGUUGCUGCCAAGCUACGACAGUACAAGGAUGCAGGGAAACCAGUCAUCGAGCUAUACAAGAGGCGCGGGAUCCUCUACCAGGUCUCUGGGACAGAGACUAACAAAAUAUGGCCUUAUGUUUACACACUUUUCUCAAACAAGAUCACACCUAUUCAAUCCAAAGAAGCAUACUGAGCCUGUUACCGUCGGAAGAACCAAGAGGACAUGAUCGUUCACUCAAUCAUGCGUGUGUCAUCCUGGUGCCCUGGCCAAAUUAGAAGCUAGCAGAGAUAGCUUGCAGCAUCUUUUCUAGUUAAAAUGAUGAAGUAAUGAGGAAAAUCUAGUGGGUAGAAAGAACUCAUGAGGAAGAAAUGCUCAUCCUGCCUUUGAAAAGAAGCUGUAUGUAGCUCUGCAGGUGUGAAAGCAAGGACAGACUGGAUUUCCACCAGCGUUGAGCCUUCACUCUCAAUGGGUUGACAGCCAUGUGCUGCCAUCGUAGCCUUUUUGCAUGUGGUGGCAGCGGAAUCCCUG